AUCACAUGUCAACAUGUCGGCCGCGAACACAAGCGAUGCUCCGGUCUUGAAUGCUGGCGGACAACUGCAAGAAAACUCACUUUCUGCCCUUGAUCUCUCUAAAGAUCUUCAGAGGCUUAUGUUAAAGAUCAAAGGGAGCUUUAUCACAGAGGAGGGUCGAGCAGUUGACUACAGUGCGUUGAAAGAAAGCGACUUGUUUCAGGAAUAUGUGGACAGAACAAAAGCCUUGAAAGCCUUGAAUCUGGGAAAUUUAGAACAGAAAGAGAAAAUAGCGUUCUUUCUGAAUAUCUACAACUCUCUCACAAUUCAUGGCUUGGCAAUGUGUGAAAGUGGAUUACCAAACUCAGUCCUAGAGGUUGAGAAUUUCUGGAGAAGAACUUCAUACAACAUUGGUGGUUACACAUUUUCUUUAGAUGAUAUUGAACAUGGAAUUCUCAGAGGUAACAGACCCCAUCCCUCUGGAGGAAAACCUUUAUUUGAGGAUACUGAUCCUCGCCUCCGGUUCACCGUGACAGAAGUUGACCCUAGGAUUCACUUUGCUUUAGUGUGUGGAGCAAAGUCAUGUCCUGCAAUCAGGGUGUUUUCUGCAGAGAAUCUUGAGAGAGGACUUGAUUCAGCAGCAAAGAGUUUUUGCACCCAAGAAGUGUGCAUUGACAAGAAUGGGGUUGGUACAUAACAAUUAGAACAUUAUUAUUAAUAAUUGUUCUCUUCUUUUGUCUUAUGGCAUUAGUCAUCAAAAUUUUAGUUGCCUUUGUUUAUUAGUGCACUCAUAUAUGUUCUGCGCAUCACGGGAUAGUCUUGCAGGAAACCCAGGUUUUGUAAAACAUUUUCUAUAUGUUUUUUGUUCUGUUAAGACCACAAGUUUAGAAGAUAUUUGCUAAAUGCAUGCAGUCAAGGAUGAAGACUGUAAGAGAAAAGUUAAUGGACAGAUAUCUUUGUUUGUAUGAGAUCAGUGGAAAAAAACAAAACAAACAACAAAAAAAAAAACAAGCAGGACCAUUCUGUGAUGCACAGAGCAUGUGCCUCUUAUGGUUGGUUAUUUUGUUGAGCAUUCUUCAAUUGAGUGUCAUAAAACAAAAACCAAAACAAUUACUUACCAAUGCAAUUAGACUACUCAGCCAUUUCAAACCUAUAGUAAGGCCAAAGCCAAAGUGAUUGCCUGUUUAUUUUUGACACUCAGUUAAUUUUUUCUUUCAACGAAAUAUAAUAUUGUGGUUCAUUUUCUUCUAGCUUGUUAUUUUUGUUUUCAAUAUCCCUAGUUAAUAUUAUUGGGUUAAGAUAAAUUCUAAAAUAAUGAACUAACUAAAAGAAAACAAACCAUGAUGUAAAUAAAUUAUGGAAUCAAAAAUUAACGGAGAUAACAAAAUAUAACUGCAACAUGUGCAUUGUAGGCAGGUAAUCUCUUUCUAGGUUAAAGAGUCAGGUAUUUGUGGUAUCAGAAGGUGUGGUAUUUGAGUCAGUCUGGUCUGAAGGUGGGUAUCACUGUUUGGGUCAGGCCUGUUAUAUGGUAUCAAAAAUCAUUAUGUUUUGGUCUGAAUACAUUGCAUCCCCCCACAAAACAUUUUG